UUUACGCACGACACCAGUGACCCUGUGGAGGAGAGCGGAGUGCCAUGAAGACCGUCUAUGUGUGAGCAUUUUGCUGUCAUCACUGCAAGAAGAUGAUCGUGCUGCCGGCUCUGUUGUUCAUUCUCUGGGGAGAAGAGGCUCGGUGCCUGGAGGAGAAUGGAGGCUUCACUUUUGAUGGAGACCUCCGCCACUUCGCUGUGGCCACCAACACGGUUUACAUCGCUACAGCGGAGACUCUGUACCAGCUGAGCCACGACCUGACUCUGGUCCAGAGUCUGACUCAGAGAGGAAUCCUGAAGGGCGGGUGUCAGAUGGAUGCGCAGUUUUCCCGGGUUUCUGAGACGGAUGAGCGGAACGCGACUUUCAGCGUCAACAUGUUAUUGCCUUUUGUUGAGAAUAAAACUCUGAUCAGCUGCGGUGUGAUCGAGUGCGGUUACUGCGAGGUGCUGGACCUGAAGAACAUUUCAAAUGUGCAGUAUAUGGAGAACAUCCAGGUUGGAUCCCCAAGGCGCAGCAGCGCAUCCAUCGGCUUCCUGGUGAAUGUGGAGGAGACAACUACCGAGACUUACAUUCUGACUGCCAUACAGCAAUACGAAGUCAAAUCCACAAAGAGCAGUUGCUCCUGGAAAUCAGAAGCGGUACAACUUCGUAAUACGAAUCACAAGCAAUACGGAACUAUAUUUUCCGAAAUUAGCGAGUUCUCUACCGAUGUGAUCAAACGUUGUCCUCAAGGCAAUGCGGAGUAUGUGGAUGGAUUUCAGAUCAGUUUAACCAUUUAUCUUUUCUCUAACCUGCCCUCAAGUGACACAAGCAACAGAGUCCGUCUCAUUUGGCUCGAGGGCAAAACAGACAAAGCGCAGACUCUCAGGUCGCUGCGGGGAGCGACCCUCAGCAUCUCUGAUGGGGGGAGAGGCAGCAGACUCCUCGCCUCCUCCGUGAUCCCGGGCGGGCCGCCGGUGCUCUGGAGCGGCGUGUUCAGUGUGGACGGAGGACCCACCGACACAGAGCUGCUACUGUUUGACAUCAGCCCUCCUCUCACCGGAGGCACUGAUGAAGAUCCAGACUUCUGCAGUGUCUGCAGCACUGACAGGAUAAGACUGCCGCCAAAGACUCUGAAGCCCACGGCGGUGCUCUUCAGGCAGAAGUCCAUGACCUCUGUGCUGGCAGUGAGACACAAGGCCUGGAUGGUUUUCUUCAUUGGGACAGGAGAUGGGCAGCUCAUUAAGCUUGCUGUGGACAAGAACUAUCACACCACCUGUCCCAGGGUGCUCUACAGGGCCACUGACGACCGCCGAGUGUUUCCCAAAAUGCAUCUGGAUCAAGUAGAUCUUAAACACGUGUACCUGCCAUUUAGAAACCAGAUGAAGCGUGUACCUGUGUCAAAGUGCAGCACAUCCACAAAUGUGCAGGACUGUUGGUCUGCACAGGAUCCGUACUGCGUCUGGUGCGGCACUAUAAAAAGUUGCACAUUUGAAGAUGACUGCCAAGCUUCAGACUGGUUAUCCAUUCCUGACGAUUCUCAACAGAAAAUGGUUUCCUACAAAGUUGUAAAGGACGACACAGGCCAGAUCACACUUAACAUCCAGACACAUCUGAGUGUGGGUCAGAAGGUGUCUAACUUUGCCUGUCAAUUCUCUGCAAGUUCCAGUAAGCUUUGCAGAGACGGCCUUCCUCAACAAUUCCCACAAUGCACCUGCAUCCUUUCUAAUAGAACACUUCCUGCUGGAGGCCUGCAUGUCACAGUUAAGAUUAGAGUUGGGACGACACAAUUUUCUAAAGCACUGAAGCUGUCCAACUGCUCAGACAUCGAGGGACCGCCAACUUCUGUCCUGUGUCGGCAGUGUAUCGGUGCCGGAUGUAGCUGGAGCAAAAAAGGCUGUUCCUGGGCAAAUCAAGGAGUGGGGAAUGACAGUGUUUGCCAAAAGAUGGAGUCAGGGAUGAACUUUUCUAGACCAGAGAUCUCCUCCAUCACUCCCAGUGUGGUGUCUUUCUACGGCAGAAACCAUGCAGUGCUGUCUGGUUCUAACCUCAGUGAUGUGACCAGAGUGAGGAUCCAAGCAGACAUGGACUGCACUCCACAAGAAUCUCCUGUGUGGAACAACACUGGUGUGAAACUGACGUUCCACAUUCCCAGUGCCGAUAAUAAAGGCGUGGUCAAAGUAUGUGUUCUCCUCCCAGAUGGUAGUUGCCAUGGCAAUGCUACAAUCACCUACCGGUCGUCGCCAUCCUGCACCCACAUUGUACCAAGCAGCACCUGGAUCAGUGGGAAGAGGAAGAUCACUCUCAUGGGAUCCCACCUGGAGUUUGUGGAAGGGGUCACGCACAGCCACGCCCCGCAGGAAGUCAGACCUCCUAAGAACAGGAACCAUCAGAGUCUCACCUAUGACACACCUGCAGCUGAAAAAGAUAUUUCUACUAGCACUGUGUUUCUGAAAGUAGCCAAUGAAACCUUGGCCUGCCUACCAAUGACCUACUAUCCAGAGCCUGAGUUCACUAGCUUCACAUCCACAAGGACAGGGGACGAUGUGCGCAUCACCAUACAGAAAAAGGCAGACAAACUGGAGAUGACCGUAGCAGAGUUGGAGGUGUGGGGCGUUGAGGAAGAAAAACAACACCCCUGCAUCAUGGAAACCAAAGAAACCAGUAAUGAGACUGACUUUUUCAUCUGUGAGAUUAAAAGGACACCUGAUGCUACGUUUCAGCACUUAAAAAUAAGGUAUGGUGACAAGACCGUUACACUCGGACCUCCAUCUUUAGUACAUCGGGUCCUUACGAUACUGCGUUUUCUGCUGAUACCCUGUAUUAUGUCAGUAUUGGUGGCUCUCUGUCUAUGGCAAAGGAAGCUCACUGCUAAAACCAACAAGCUGGGACCAUCACGCCAAACCUUAUGAAUGUUUUGCUACUCCAUUUUCAAAAUAGACAUUACACUUUUUAUUCUA